AUGUGCGGCACAGACGCAGCGAACGGCUCGAGCAGCGCCAAUGGUGCAAAUGGGGGUGGUCAGUUCCGGUCGAGCCCAUACCAGCCGGUGGGCGACUACCUGUCAAAUGUCAACAAGUUCAAGAUUAUCGAGUCGACUCUGCGUGCCCUCGACGAAUUCGGCGUCGACUACAUCGAGCUGACCUCGCCGGCCGCAUCCGAGCAAUCGCGCAAGGACUGCGAGGCCAUCUGCAAGCUCGGCCUGAAGGCCAAGAUUCUGACACAUGUCCGCUGCGAUAUGCGCGAUGCCAAGAUCGCGGUCGAGACCGGUGUCGACGGCCUGGACGUCGUCAUUGGCACCUCCAGCUUCCUCCGGGAACACAGCCAUGGCAAGGAUAUGGCCUACAUUGAGAAGACGGCCAUUGAGGUGAUCGAGUACAUCAAGUCUAAGGGGCUUGAGGUGCGCUUAUCGCCAAUGCCUUCUGCGCGCUCGAGGACUGGUGCGACCCACAUUGACACCAGUGUGCUCGGCAUCGGCGAGCGCAACGGUAUCACACCUCUUGGUGGUCUCCUUGCCCGCAUGGUCGUGAGCGCCCCUGACUACGUCAAGGGCAAGUACAAGCUCCACAUGCUCAAGGAGAUUGAGGAUAUGGUUGCCGAGGCUGUUGAAGUCAACACUCCCUUCAACAACCCCAUCACCGGUUUCUGCGCCUUCACCCACAAGGCCGGCAUCCACGCCAAGGCGAUCCUCAACAACCCCAGCACAUACGAGAUUCUCAACCCCGCCGAUUUCGGGCUCACCCGCUACGUCCACUUCGCCUCGCGUCUGACGGGCUGGAACGCCGUCAAGACCAGAGUCGGACAGCUCGGCCUGGUGAUGACUGACGACCAAGUCAAGGAGGUCACUGCCAAGAUCAAGGCGAUGGCUGAUGUGCGGCCGAUUGCCAUUGACGACGCCGAUUCGAUCAUUCGUAGCUUCCACCUUACACUGCACGAACGCCCCGCCGAGCCAGCAACCAGCGUUCCGGUCGAGGUUGUGCAAUAG